CAGGAAUUAGAGAAAAUGUUUCAAGUAAAAAUAAAAAAAGUUCGCACUAGUCGCCAAAAACCUGUUCUGCGGCAAACUCGCUAUUUACAAAAAUCGCCAACUAGGAUUUAUACUAAAUUAAGAAAAAAAGCCUUUGUUGAACUAAUGCCCGGGCAAAAACUACCUAUUUUUGAAGAUCGCAAUACUAUCCUUAUCAAUUACCGUGAGAAAUUAGUUCCUAAUCCGCAAAAAUCUCCUCGGCAACUUUUCAAACUAAAUAAGCCUCAUUCUGGACGAAAUAAUCAAGGAGUAAUUACUACUCGCCAUCAAGGAGGAAAACAUAAACGAUUUUAUCGGGUUAUUGAUUUCAAACGCUAUGAAAAGGAUAAUGUAGAAGGGAAAGUCAAAAGUAUCGAGUAUGACCCUAAUCGUAACUGUUUUAUCUCCUUAAUAAGUUAUCGGGAUGGCAGUUUUGCUUUCAUAAUUGCUCCUGAAGGGUUAAAAGUUAAUGAUAAAAUAACGAGUGGAGAAAAUGAAAAUGUUCCCUUGCGAGUAGGAAAUAAUUUGCCGUUGCGUUAUAUUCCAGUUAACACCUCAAUUCAUAAUUUAGAACUAAAGCCAAAAAAAGGCGGGCAAUUAAUUCGGGGGGCCGGCACUUAUGCGGAAAUAAUUGGUAAGGAAGAAGGUAAUAAUUAUGUAUUAGUAAAAUUGAUGUCUAAAGAAGUUCGAAAAGUAUUAGCAAAUUGCCGGGCUACCAUUGGUAAAGUGGGUAAUAGUGAGGCCAAUUUAGUCAGAUUAGGAAAGGCUGGUCGAAGUCGUUGA